AUGCCAACACCACCCACCGAUGUCCUCAUAAUUGGCGCCGGCCCAACCGGCCUCGUGCUCGCCCUCUGGCUAACCCGCCAAAACAUCCGCGUACAAAUCAUCGACAAAGCCCACUCCACACCCUCAACAUCCCGAGCCCUUGCCAUCCACGCCCGAACCCUCGAACUCUACCGCCAACUGGACCUAUCCGACGAGCUCCUCUCGCUAGGCCACAAAGUCGAAGCCACGAACAUAUGGUCGGAAGGCUCGUAUCGCGCACGCGUGCCCAUCGGCGAAGUCGGGAAAGGGUUAACACCGUACCCGUUCGUCUUCAUUCUCUCGCAGGACGUGCACGAGCGGGUGCUCGAGAGACGAUUGAAUGAGAUGGGUGUCUACGUGGAUCGGAAUCGCGAAUUGGUUGGGAUUGAUGAUCAUGAGACGUAUGUGAGCGCGAGACUGAAGAGCACGGAGGACGGGGAGAUCGGGACGCGCGAGGCAACCUAUCUAGUCGGUUGCGACGGGGCGCAUUCCGCGGUUCGGCAUCUCAGCGGGAUCGAGUUCGAAGGGGACACCUACACGCAGCUGUUCUUCGUGGCGGAUAUCGAAGCCAGCGGACCGACGAUGAACGGCGAAGCGCAUGUCUCGUUUAACCAGUCGGACUUUUGUCUCCUGUUUGCGUUCGACGCUGGCAAGAACGCUCGGAUCUCAGGGGCCAUUGACGAGAGUCAUAUCACGAAAGACCCGGCCGGGAUCACAUUCGACGAUCUGGCGCCGUCGAUGCGCAAGAACAUGCAGCUGGACGUGAGCAAAGUCAACUGGUUCACGACGUACCGGGUACAUCAUCGGCUGGCGAAAACGUUCCGAAAAGAUCGUGUGUUCCUAGUCGGCGACGCAGGACACAUUCAUAGCCCUGUAGGCGGGCAGGGAAUGAACACCGGAAUCGGCGACGCGAUCAAUCUAGCCUGGAAGCUGGCCGCCGUGGUCCAGGGGAAAGCAGAUCCUGUAUUGCUGGAGACGUACGAGGUCGAGCGUCGCGCGUUUGCAACCACCCUUGUGCAAACCACAGAUUGGGCGUUUAAUUCGAUCGUCGGGAAUGGAUAUCUCGUCAGUUUCUUCCGGACGUGGAUCAUCCCGUACGCGGCCCCGUUUAUGACGCGCUUCGAGAGGUUCCGACAUAGAGUCUUCCGCGGUAUGUCGCAGACGUUGAUCAACUAUCGAAACAGCAGCUUGUCGACGGGGAAUGUCGGGGAAAUUCAAGGCGGCGAUCGUCUGCCCUGGGCUCCGGUGGGGGAUGUUGACAACUUUGACAGUCUUGAUGCGAUUUCGUGGCAGGUGCAUGUAUAUGGCCAAGCUGAUGAGAAGCUAGUGGAUUGGUGUCGGAGGAACGAAGUGCACCUGACGGACUUUCUGUGGAACGAGAAGUAUCAGAGCGUUGGGCUGCAAAAGGAUGCAGCUUACCUACUUCGACCGGACACCUAUGUUGCAGUGGUGGAGCCAUCAGGUCUUCCGGAUCGGUUUGAUGAGUAUCUCGGAACGAACAAGUUCCGGGUGCAUUAA